AUGGCAGAUUUAGAGAACUAGAACCAACCCUACAGUCAAAAUAACAACUAUCCUAACUAUGGGGCUAAUGAAAACACUGGAUAUGAUUACGGUAGUUCUAAAGGUUUAUUAGGACAUGACACCAGAAUGAAAUUCAUUACUAAAGUAUACUCUAUUUUAUCAGUUCAAAUUGGUAUUACUUGUGCUAUGUGCUUCAUCGCAAUUGAAAACUCUGGAUUUAAUAGCUUUUUAAAAGAUUCUUCUAACCUUUGGUUGUUUUAUGUUUCAAUUGUUAUGACUUUAAUCCUCUGCAUCAUGAUUGUUUGCUACAGGAAAUUCGCAAGAGAAGUUCCUACGAAUUACAUAUGUCUAUUCCUAUUUACUUUAUUCGAGUCUUAUAUCGUUGCUUAGAUUUGUGUUCUUUAUUCCCCUAGAAUUGUUAUUAUGGCAGCUCUUUUGACUAUGGCAAUGUUUAUAGCUUUAACUGUUUAUGCAUUUACAACUAAAACUGAUUUUACAGUCAUGGGAGGUCUUCUAUUUGUUUGCCUCUUUGUUUUUAGUCUUGCUGGUCUCUUUUUACUAUUUACAAACAAUAAUGUUGCUCAUAUCAUAUAUUGCUGUUUUGGUGUCAUCAUUUUUUCAAUUUACAUCAUUUAUGAUACAUAAUUACUGAUGGAUAACAAGACUUACUCAUAUGAAAUCGAUGACUAUAUUAUUGCCUCUCUCCAACUAUACUUGGACAUUAUUAAUAUUUUCCUUUAUAUUUUAGAAAUCCUUGGUAGAUCUGAUUGA